AUGGGUCAUCGGCGCUCCAAUUGGUUCGUGAAACCUAGCCAGUAUGCCUGUCCAAAUCCCAACUGUCGAAGCGUGUUCGCUUGGAAGAGGAACUUGACCAGUCAUUUGCGAUAUCAGUGCGGUCAGAAACCGAGAUUCAAGUGUCCUUAUUGCGACUACGUGUGCAAGGUGAAGGCCGACAUACGGAAACACAUCAGGAUCAAGCACAAGAACAACGACGUUUACGUGAUCGAUAUCUUCGAAUCGUGGCAAACGAAAAUCGAAAGCUCGGAUCCGUUUACCAAGAUAAAGAGAUUUCCAUGUCCGAAUUGCACGAGUGCGUUCGGCCAGAAACCGAGUUUGACCAGACAUUUGAGAUACGAGUGCAGACAAGAGCCACGAUUUCAAUGUCCCUACUGUCAUCAAAGAAGUAAAAAGACGUCGGACAUUUACGCGCACAUCAGAAGAAAGCACGCAAAUUCGAAAGUUUUCGUCAUCGAUAUCCACGGAUCGAUCGCGCGCAACUCGAACGAUUCCUUUAAAAUGGACCGGUUCUGAAUCCACGCAUCUUUCUUUCUUUCUUUCUUUCUUUUUCUCUCUCUUUCUUUCUUCCUUUCCUUCUUUCUUUCUUUCUUCCUUUCUUUCUCCAUCUUUUUAUUACUAUCUCCACGCGUUCACCGAAAUGCCUCUCGGAACUCCUCCACGCGAUACGAAUCUCGUGAUUUUUCUCCAACGCCAUUCCGUUAUUCCGUUCCGCCGUUGCAACUGUGCGUUGCCGUUGCUGCCGAUGUUGCUGCUGCCGUUGUUGCUGCUG